UAUAUCAGAAUAAACGUUAUAGAUUUUCGUUCUGGUUUUAACAAUUAUUCAUUUACGAAUGUGCCAAAGAAUUAUCAAUCAAUUAAUGAUAUUUACAGGAUUAAGCUUAGUUUUUGUCAGUAAAGAAGUGCGGAAUUACUCAAAAUGUACACCGAUCACAAUUAAAAAUGGAUUUUUUAAUGAUAACAUGCACCAAUACGAAUGUAACAAGGAUUAUUAUUAUUAUAUGUUUGGUAAUGAAACAUUAAAAUGUCAAGAUGAUGGAAGUUGGAAAGGAGAAAUACCCUAUUGUGCUAGGACAAUCCCUACGGAGAUUUGGAAAGACGGUAAUGACAAAAAAGUAAUACUUAGUUACAGUCGAUGUGUAGAAUUCGGUGGUAACACGUCUUGGGAGAUAAAAGUAAAUAAUCAAUCUUUCUCAGCUAUUAGAAUAUUGUUUAAAGCAAACAGAGAUGACAUUGGAUGUCCUGUCGUGAAUUUAAGUGUUAAUAGAUAUGUAUACAAAGAACGAUAUAAAACUAGUUGUCGACAAAAUACUGUGCAAUUUACAUAUGAAUUUAAAAACGUUAUGAACGAGGAUAUUAAAUUUACUCUAAAGAAGAAAUUUUCACGUUACUUUGAAGUAUGUGGAAUUUCCGUUUAUUCAAAAUCAGAAGAAAAAUGUCCCAUUCAAUCAUUAUAUCCAUCAAAUGGAUAUAUUUCUCCUUCAAAUGUUAACUCGUUAAGCUAUGGAGAACACGUGUCAUUUAACUGCAAUGAGGGUUUUCAACUGAAUGGGUAUCGAUAUCUUUACUGUGGAGUGACAGAUAUAUCCACUCAAAUACCUCAAUGUCAACGGAUUCAAUGCAAAAAUUCUCCGAUAAAUAUAUUAAAUGGUAUGUGGGAAAAUUGGAAUGGAACUAAACGUUACUUUUAUGAAGACGAAAUUCGUCUUAUUUGUAAUCCUGGUUAUAAAUUAAAUGCCACAGAAAGUAUUAAAUGUCUUAAGAAUGGAGAAUGGUCCCAUACUCAUGCAGCUUGUAUAGAGAAGAAAUUUCCAAUGUAUUUAGUAAUUAUAAUUUUGAUGGCUGUUAUAAUUGGGCUAAUUACAUUGUUGAUUGGAUUAUUCACCGUAUUUAAACACAGAAAGAAAAAGAUCUUAUCGGAUUCAAGAACUGAAACCAUAGCUUAUGCUAAGGAAUUCGAAGAAUCAAUGGAAGAAACUGUGUCAGAAAAUGAAUACUGUGAAGUGAAUUAUCAAGUGUUAAAUUUCCACGAUAAAUACAGACCUCAACUUCCUACAAGAACGAACAAAUCUAAAAAGUUUCCUUUGUUUUUAUAAAUUAAAUUUAUUUGUUUCAACGUUAAAAGUAUAGUUUAGAGCAGUGAUGAGCAACCUUUACUGGGCACAAGGAAACUUCGUAUACAUUUUUCUUAUAAAGUUGCAGCCUUUAGCAUGGAAUGUGUCAAUGAGUACCAACACCACGGACUAAAAUAAUAUGUGCUAUUGAACGUUACAAUAAAACACUAAAAAAAAUAUAUAAAUAAUAGCAAUCUUUAAGAUACUCGUAAUAUAUGCUCAUUUAUAAAGUGAUAUUGAAACAUUUAUAUAGUCAGUAGCGCUUUAUCUUAUUCGGCAAAAAGGGCAAUUGCCAGGAGCUCUGACUAAUAGGGGGGCCUACAUUAAUAUUUUAUAAGAAAAUAUUUCCCCCAAAAUUCUCCCGAAGAAAAAUGUCGGAAGUCAACACUUGAGAUUUGUGUA